UCUCAUAACGGUCCAAUGUCGCAAGAUAGCUUCGCCUCUGAAGCCACAGCCACAACCACUACUGCCACCACCACCACCGCCACCUCCCAUAAACCCUCCCAAUCCUCAUUGACUGAUUACUCCUACAAAAUCCAAUCAGCCAUCCAAUCCCUUUCUUCCAUUACUACAAUCCCUCCUUCUCUCAUCUCCUCUCAAGACCCUGCCUUCUCUCUCCUCCAUGAUCCUCAUGUCUCCUCCCAAAUCUCCUCUCUCCUCCGCCACCCCGACUCUGGUGCUGGCGACAACAACCUCUGCCGGUGGUUUUAUGACACGUUCCAAUCCACCAGCCCUCAACUCCAACUCGUAGUUCUCCGUUUCCUCCCUAUCAUUGCCGGACUAUACCUCUCUCGCGUCCCUUUACGAAAACCCUUAGCUGGGUUCGAGGCGGUUUUGCUGGCUCUCUACGCCCAUGAAACCACAUCCAGGAAUGGCCAGGCUAUAACGGUGAACAUACCCGAUUUAUCAAAUUCCAGUGUAUAUCAUGAAACCAAGGAGGCUUCAAGGAACAACUCCACUGAUCUAAACCUAGCGGUGAUAUCGCCAAGCUUGGAGCCUCAUGGGACAGUGAGAUCAACAAGGAGGGCAAGAAUUGUUGGAGUUGCAUUGGAAUUAUAUUUUAGCAAGAUAUCUUUGAUGCCUGUGGGAUCUAAAAUAGACUUCUGCGAGUUUUGUGAGGUAUGGGCUGGUCAAGAGGGUGAUAUGUAUAAGGAAAACCUAGGCGGAGGUGAAAAUGGGGACAGCAGGGGAUGUGGAGAUGAAGAAGGGGACAGCAGUGGAGGUGGAGGUGAAGAAGGUGAAAGCAGUGGAGGAGGAGGUAAAGAAGGGGAAAGCAGUGGAGGAGGAGGUAAAGAAGGCGACAGCAGUGGAGGUGGAGGUAAAGAAGGGGAAAGCAGUGGAGGUGGAGGUAAAGAAGGGGACAGCAGUGGAGGUGGAGGUGGAGGUGGAGGUGGAGGUGGUGGCAGCGUUUACGAGGAGAAAGGAAAGAAGGAGGGGAGAAUUCCACUUCCAUGGGAGCUUUUGCAGCCUGCAUUGAGAAUAUUGGGUCAUUGUCUUUUGGGUCCUAAAAAAGAUAAGGAAUUGAGUGAUGCUGCUUGUGUAGCAAUUAGAAGUUUAUAUGCAAGGUCUUUGCAUGAUAUUAAUCCUAAGGCAAUUUUGGCAACUGGGAGUCUGCUUAGGCUUAGCAAGAUUGGUAUGAAUUCACAGAACGAAAUUGAUUAUACUGAGAUUUCAAUGACUGAUGUUAUUUCACUUUAAUAUUAACUGCUACUAAUAUUUAAUGCUUAUCAAUUUUCUUGGCCUGAAAGCCUUUCAAUUUGAUGGAUAUAGACUUGUAAUUGAUUUUGUAGGCUAACCAGCAGUUGGCUUUCUGA